AUGGACUCAUUCCGGAUCCUGCUGUACGUGUUGAUCUUCUUGGUGAGCGUGGUGGGGAACCUGCUGAUCCUUGUGGUCCUGGUCCUGAACAAACGCAUGCGCACCGUCACCAACUGCUUCUUGCUGUCGCUGGCAGUGAGCGACCUGAUGAUGGCGCUGUUCUGCAUGCCCUUCACCCUCAUCCCCAACAUCAUGGAGGACUAUGUGUUCGGAGAGACCAUGUGCAAGACCACCGCCUACUUCAUGGACACUUACCUCUGGGAACACUAG